UUUAUUUGCAAGUGCAAAUAAGAAGCAGAGAGAGAGAGUGGGAGGGAGAGAAAUUGAGGAUGAUGCUUCGUCGCUUCUGCUGCUUCAGUGCCUCAACUUCAUCAUUUCCCUCUUACCCAUUAAGCUUUUCUUCCAACACCAAGAAGAAGCCGCUCGUCUUUUUGGGUUCUCCACAGGUUUCAACAGCCGUCCUUGAUGCUCUUCUCAAUGCAUCCGCUUCUCCACAAUCCUCCUUUGAGGUUUCAGCAAUUGUAACUCAGCCACCUUCAAGAAGGGAUAGGGGAAGGAAACUGAUGCCUUCUCCAAUAGCACAAUAUGCUCUUGAUAGAAACUUCCCUUCGGACCUUAUUUUCACACCUGAACGAGCUGCUGAGGAUGCAUUCUUAUCGGAUUUAAGAGCUUUGCAGCCAGAGCUUUGCAUCACUGCAGCAUACGGGAAUAUUUUACCGAGCAAGUUUUUAAAUAUACCUCCACUAGGAACUGUCAAUAUACACCCAAGUUUGUUGCCGCAGUAUCGCGGUGCUGCUCCUGUUCAACGGGCAUUGCAGGAUGGUGUCAAAGAAACAGGAGUGUCCCUAGCAUUCACAGUACGUGCACUUGAUGCUGGGCCUGUAAUUGCGUGUGAAAGAUUGGAAGUUGAUGAUCAAAUAAAGGCACCAGAUUUACUUGCACUGCUAUUUUCUGAAGGAGCUAAACUUUUGAUUCGGGAGCUUCCUUCUUUACUUGAUGGAUCAGCCAAGGAAAAAGCAUGGCCCCAAGAUGAUUCUAAAGUUACAUUAGCUCCUAAGAUUGCGCCUGAAGAGUCUUGGCUAUCCUUUGACCAAGAUGCUGUAGUCCUGCAUAACAAGGUUCGUGCAUUUGCAGGAUGGCCAGGAACUCGAGCUAAAAUUGUUCUUGUUGAUGAAGGAGAUGGUCAGUGCAAAGAACUAGAGCUUAAAAUUAUCACAACACGAGUCUGCAGCCGUAGCAAUUUUGAGCGGAAUGAAGCAGAUGACAUUACUUUUGUCAAAGGUGGAUUAAUAUUUCCUUGCGGAGGAUGCACAUCCCUUGAGGUAUUGGAAGUUCAGCUUCCUGGGAAGAAAGUAGUAAAUGCUGCGUCCUUUUGGAAUGGAUUGCGAGGUAAAAAGCUGAAGACUUUAUCACAAUACAAAUAACAUGGAAAGUUGGAGACAGCAAUGUAUGUUGAUCAAGAUUUUUAGGUUGAGUUACUCAAGCACCGGUUAAGAAAUUAUGUAUAUGUUGCAUUCCAUUUAAUUUUAAUAGAUUUAUAAAAUGUAUUCCAUUCUUUUUAAUGCAUUAUAAUUGUAUCUUUUGCUUAAACUAGAGCCACGUUGACAAUUCUUGUGAUUUUUUUCACACAUUUAGCAAAAAGCUCGAUUUCAUUA